AUGACAUAUGCAUCAGUUUAUGGACUGGUGUAUUAUGCGCAAGAUAUAUCUUUUGCUGCAAAGGGGUUCGAAGCACAGUUUGAGUACCUAUUAACCAUCUGGAUGGCAGUAGACUUCUCCAGCAACCAAUUCAUGGGAAAAAUUCCUAAAACAAUUGGAGAGCUGCAUUCACUAAUUGUCCUAAACCUCUCUCAUAACUGUUUAACAGGUCCUAUCCCAUCAUCAUUUGGUGAUUUGUCAGAACUUGAAUCAUUAGAUCUCUCAUCAAACAAGCUCACUGGAAGAAUUCCAAUAAACAAUCUUGGGUUCUUAGCAGUGUUGAACCUUUCUCGGAAUAAUCUCGUGGGAGUCAUUCCUCAUGGCAAACAAUUUGAUACUAUCACAAAUGAUUCCUACAUAGGAAACUUGGGUUUAUGCGGGCUACCAUUAUCAAAAAGCUGUGAUAAUGAUGAGGGAAGUCCAGCCAAACUUGAUAGAGCUGAUGAUGAUGGUGGAUUGAAUUGGAAAUUUUCAAUAUUAAUGGGGUAUGGAUGUGGGUUGGUGCUGGGACUGAGUAUGGGAUACGUCGUAUUCACAACUGGAAAACCAUGGUGGUUCAUUAGUAUCUACGAGAGAGUUCAACAAAGAUUUGCAAAAAAUGCUACUUUGUCUGCCAACAUCACCACUGAUGACUCCUCCCUUUUGGCCUUAAAAUCUCAUAAAACUCAUGAUCCCGACAAUCUCUUAGCAACCAACUGGUCCACUUCUAUCUCUGUUUGCAAUUGGAUUGGUGUGACUUGUGGAUCCAGACACCACAGAAUCACUGCUCUGGAUUUGUCGAGUAUGGAUCUCCCAGGCACCAUCCCAUCUCAAUUGGGAAAUUUAUCUUUCCUUGCCUCCCUCAACAUUCGUAGAAACAGUUUCCAUGGCUCUUUAACAAUUGAGUUAACCAAUUUGUAUCGGCUGAAGUAUUUCAACUUUGGUAACAAUAGCUUCAGUGGAGAAAUCCCAUCAUGGAUUGGUUGCUUUGCUCAACUUCAAGGCUUGUAG